AUGGCGGACUCUGUGAAGAUGAUCUGCUCCCUGUCCGACCCGUCGGCCAACUGGCUGCACGCGCGCUCCUCCAGGAAGAAGCGGUGCCCGUACACCAAAUACCAGACGCUCGAGCUGGAGAAGGAGUUCCUGUUCAACAUGUACCUCACGCGGGACCGGCGGCAUGAGGUGGCACGCGCGCUCAACCUGACAGAGCGGCAGGUGAAGAUCUGGUUCCAGAACCGGAGGAUGAAGAUGAAGAAACAGAGCAAGGACCAACCCAAGGACUAGACAGCGGGAAAAUCACUCGGGCGCGCACAU